CACCGAAAAGAGCAUACCCCACUGACUCAGAUAUUUGUCUGUCACACUUGAGAGGUUCAUUUUCCACAUUCAUCAGUAACUCAAAUCACUCUCUUCAAGACCUUUCAUCAUGUCAUUUUCUACAAAAAUCUUUCUAGUUUUUCUUCUAAUUCAUCCACUUGAAGCUAUUCCAAGUAUCAUUCCACUAAAUGGUUCUUGUACUGACAGAUGUGGCAGCAUUGUCCUAAAAUAUCCCUUUGGUUCCGGAUUUGGUUGUGGACAUCCAGCAUUUUCAAGAUUCAUAAAAUGCACUUCUGGUGUUCUUCAGUUUUCCACUGGCACUGGCAUUUACACUAUAUCCUCACUAGAUUACUCAACCAACACUCUUGUUCUUACUGACCCCUUUAUGUCAACAUGUUCCUCAAUGCAAAACUCAGGCAGUUUUACAUUGGACCAUUCAACUCCAUUCAGCAUUAUGAAACAAAACAUCUUUGUUUUACUUGGAUGUUCCACAACAUCUGCUGUGUUUGAUCCAAAACAAGAUUUGUGUGACACCGGUUCGGGUUCAAAUGUUUGUAAGGGACUUUAUUCUUGCAAAGGGUUGACAGGGAUUGGAUUAACACCAAAUGGUCCAAUUUCAACUUGUUGUGUUUAUGAUCCACCAGUUCCUAUUGGUUCAGGUUAUGGUUUGAACUUGCCUAGGCUUCAGUGUUCUUCGUAUUCGUCGAUAUAUGGCUUUGGAGGAAAUGAAGGAGAUCCUAUGAAAUGGCAAUAUGGGAUUUCUUUGCAGUAUAAUAAUUCAUAUUAUCCUGAUGAUUCUUGCAAGAACUGUGAGGACAGUGGUGGAUUCUGUGGUUUUUCUGGUUCAGAUGAGUCUUUUGCUUGCAUUUGUAGGAAUGGUGUUAACACUACUAUUAAUUGCUAUGGAAGAGGAUAUGCUUCGAGUGGGACAUGGAGACACAAGAUUCAAACAGAAAUGAGCGGUGGAGGAAUCUUAUUCCUUUGGAUGAUGAUGAUGCUUUUCAUGUAAGGCAAAGGGGAUCUUGUUUUAGUUUCAGGACCAUGAAUGAAAGUGCAAACAGUCCAUAUAUAUUCUCUGGAAUUCAUUUAUACCAAGAUUAGACUGAAAACUACUUAAUUGAUCAGAAGCCUGGAUUUGGCUCUGUAAUUAGAUUAUUGUAGCUUCUUAAUAUGAAUUUAAUGGCUUCUUAACAUUAAGAAUAUUUUGUGUUUACUAAUUACAUGUUCAAGUCUUGUUACA